AUGAGAUCUCUUAAGACACCCGGUUAUAUUUCAAAUAGUGCACGUCUAAAUAAUAAGAGUGUAAAUUCAAAAAACUGCACCAUAUAUUCAUUUGAACAAGAUGAAGAAAAUAGACGAAAUUUAUCUUCCAGAUUAUUAAGUACUAUGCAUUCAUCCAUAACAAUAUUAGGAGUUAUAUUUAUCCUUAUAUUGAAUGUUUGCUUAACUAAGGAGAGCUCAUCAUCACUUAUACAAAUAAAUUUUAAUAAUUCCAGAAAAUUAGCCGAUGUAUCUAUCUCUGAUAUCCCAAUUGUAAAACUUCAUAAUAGUUUUGAUAAUGUUAAAGAAGAAUUUGAGAGUGAAAAUCUUGAAUAUGAACAACAUAAUGAAUCUUAUUAUAAGCAUAGUCCUCUAGAAGAUUUACAAGAUAUAAUGAAUAAUACAUCUAUACCUCCCUUAGAUGGAAAAUAUUAUGAUACCCUUGAACAAUGGAAUGAAGAAAAAAUACAAAAUAAAUUAGACAAAUUAGAUGAUAUACAUUCCAAAUUAGAUAAGCUUAUAAUAUGGGCACAAAUACAAGGAAGUGAAAGACUUAAAACAUAUAGUAUGGUAUACACCUUAAGAAGAUUAUUUAAAUCUUUAUUAAAGGAAUAUAAUUUAAAACAAAAAGAUAAAGAAAUUGAAUGA